AUGCCUCUAAUCAAGGAUCAAUUAUCUUACCGGGUAUCCAUUCUACCAGGGGACGCCCAUGGCUCUCAACUCGCGUCAUAUGCAGAACGCACCCUGCACCUCAUCCAGAACAUCCGUCCAGGUGUAACCUUCCAAAUCUCAAGACACGAUUUCGGAGGUGUCGCUUUAGCAGCAGGCCACUCAACAGCCUUGCCAGACUCCAUAUUGGACGCAUGUCGCAAAUCUGAUGCCACAGUUGUUUGUGCCUGUGGUGAUUCCAAUUAUGGCAUUGAGCCAGAAAAGGGAUUGUUGGCACUUCGACAAGAACUUGGAGCGUCUGCGAAUAUUCGACCUGUCAAGUUCCCCUCUGCUCGGCUGGCUGAGCUGAGUGCUUACAAAGCCUAUUCAGUUGAGAAUCUCGAUAUCACAUUCUUUCGAGAUUUGACGAGUGGUGUCUACUAUGGACCUAAGCAAGAGGCUGGUCCUGAUGGAGAAGCGUAUGACACUACAGUCUAUUCUCGCCAGACAAUUGAGAAGUUGGCGCGAAUGGCUGGUGCAUAUGCUAUGCAGUUCACCCCUCCAAAGCCUGUUCACUCUGUUGACAAAGCGAAUGUUAUGGCGACUUCACGACUGUGGAGAUCUGUUGUUACAGACAUCUUUACGAACGAAUUUCCAGAGGUCGAACUGGAUCAUGUUCUGGUCGAUACUGCAUCCAUGAUUCUCUCUUCCCAUCCAUGCAGACUGAAUGGCAUCCUUCUUUCUGAGAACAUGUUUGGCGACAUCCUCUCCGAUCAGGCAGGUGGUAUUCUCGGAUCUCCAGAUGUCCUUGCAUCCGCGGCUAUCUCCACCACUCACAACACAGGCUCUUCAAGAACACCCGGUCUGUUCGAGCCGUUCAACCUCAAGCCCAAAGACAAGGCUGGGAAUCCACUCGGUAUCGUACAAGCAGUUGGUUUGAUGCUAGAGCUCUCACUAGGCUUGAAAUCUGAGGCUGAAGCCUUGUCAAAAGCCAUCCGUCGCACUCUAGACCCUGUCGACCAAGUUGGGUCUGACACGAUAACACCAGACAUUGGUGGUACAGCCACGCCCGACGAUUUUAUGCAUACUCUCCUUCAUAACUUCGACUACUACCUUGAAGCUCUUAACUCAGCAGACACCGCAAACUUAUCAACCCUUCGACCAUCAUCACCAUCCUUCAACUUUACACAUGAGCGCCGUCCCAUGGGUAUCAUCGAGAAGAUUCUUACCCAUGCAGCCAUCGGUCUCUCCAAAUCCCACGUCGAAACCGGAGACAUGAUCUGCGUCAAAGUGGACUGGACGCUUACAUCUGAGCUUCUCUGGGGUGGUAUGGAGAAGACUUACGACCAAAUGGGACGCCCUCGGCCUUUCCGUAAUGAUCGCCUUUGGCUGGCCGUGGAUCAUAUCGUUGAUCCGAGAACGAACCAUCAGCCUCGGCAGAAGGGUCUUAUUGCCAAGGCAGAGCGUUUUAGGAAAGAGGCCAAGAUCAUUGACUUCCUUCCUGCCAACACAAGCAUUAUGCAUACCGACUUUACUCGUGAAAGAGCACAGCCUGGUCGUGUUGUGGUUGGUAGUGACUCGCAUACCUGCUCAGCAGGAAGCAUGGGUUCAUUCGCCGUUGGUUUCGGUGCUGCAGACGUCGUCAUGCCUAUGGUGACCGGCGAAACCUGGUUCCGCGUUCCCGAAGUCUGUCGUAUCAACUUCGUCGGCAAACUACCUUUUGGCGUUGGUGGCAAAGACGUCAUUCUUCACAUUUUGGGUCUCUUCAAGCGCAACACUAUCGCUUUCCAACGAGCAGUUGAGUAUGGUGGUCCCGGCCUCAAGGAGUUGUCUAUGGACGCUAGAUUUGCCAUUGCAAACAUGACGACUGAGUUUGGUGGUAUGGGUACUUGCUUUGAGGCUGACGAGGAGACCUCUUCAUGGAUUGCAAGACGACAGCUGCCUGAACAUCGUGAGGGCGGCCUUUACUUUCGUGCAGACCAUGGAGCAAAAUAUGUCGAUGAGAGAACCAUUGAUCUCUCAGAAGUCCGCUUGACCAUGGCUAUGUAUCCAAACCCGGAUGAUGUCGUUCCCAUCUGGGAGAAGGCCGACAUGAAGCUUGAUGGAUGCUUCAUCGGGGCUUGUACUACCACGGAAGAAGACUUGAUCAUUGGCGCUUUGGUCCUAGAAGCCGGUCUCUACGCAGGCAUGCGUCCUUCAUCUCAUGGCAAGCGUCGCGUCACGCCCGGAAGUCUCAUCAUCAUCAACCGCCUCAACAAACACGGCCUGCUCGACAUCUACCGCCAAGCGGGUUUCGAGGUCGGCGCGCCCGGCUGUUCAUACUGUGUCGGCAUUAACGAUGUCGAUGUAGCAGGCGAAGGCGAAGUCUGGUUAUCCUCUCAGAACCGCAACUUCAGAAACAGAAUGGGUAAGGGAAGUUUUGGCAAUAUCACUUGUGCUGCUGCGGUUGCGGCGUCAAGUUUCGAUAUGGUUGUUACAGAUCCCAAAUUCUUGCUGGACCAGCUGGAUCGUGACAAGUUAGAGAGACUCGUUAGUGGUGGUAGAGCGAAGGGAGUGCAGCCAGUUUUGAAGAUCAGUGAGCCGAGUCCUGAGGCCUCUUCGACUGAAGUACCAAGAAUCCUCGAUGGUGGGGAUUCUGAACCAGAGACAGCGAGGACACUAAGUGCGCGAGUCCUCCGAUCUAAGAUUCAGCGGUUUGGAGAGAACGUUGACACCGAUGCGGUCAUCCCUGCCGAGUUUAUGCCUGGAAUCGACAACGCUGAUCUCGGAAGUCACUGCUUCCAAUACUACCGACCAGAGUUCAGAGAGAAGGCGAACAAUGGGUCACGAGUUAUUGUCGCAGAACAUGGGUUUGGCAGUGGCUCAUCCCGUGAGGACGCGGUCCGAGCCUUGCAAGGAGCUGGCGUCGAAGCCGUCAUCGCCAAGGGCUUCGCCUUUAUCUAUGAACGGAACCAGCUGAACAUGGGUCUGUUCAACAUCAAGCUACAAGACCCUCGGUUCUACGAGCUUGCACAUGAAGACGCGGUAAUCACAAUUAACAAGGACGAUAAGACCAUCCACAUCGAGGGCUCGGAAGAGGCUUUCCGGUACGAGCAGUCAGAAGUUGAAGAGACUCUCAUUGAAGCAGGAGGUGUCUUACCGCUAUAUAGUAAGCUGGGACGGAAGGUGUUCCGACAUAUCACGGUGCCCAAGAUCAAGGGACGAAGGACGAGGACGCAAGGAAGCGCGUCGAGUGAUUCUGGUUGCUCAACUGGCGAUGCUAGUUCAAGCAUAGAUUGGUAG